GGCCGAACACCGCUAUCACAAGCUGCAUCAAAGGGGCACGAGUCGAUUGUGAAAAUGUUACUAUACACGGGAAAGGUUGACGUCGAUUCGAAGGAUAAAUAUAGCCGGACACCGCUAUCAUAUGCCGUAUCGAUAGGAUGUGAUUCAGUUGUCGAGCUGCUACUAGAUACGGGAAAGGUCGAAAUUGAUUCGAGAGAUAACUAUGGCAGAACACCGCUAUCACAGGCUAUCUCUAGGGGCUAUACAUCUAUUGUCUGGCUGCUGUUGGAACAACAAAAGGCCAAAAUCAAUUCAUAA